AUGAAAGAGAUCGUCUACAGCGACGGCCCCCGGCGGUUCUUGACCCUGCUGGCUUGGCUCUUUGAUCGCCAGGCCGAGCUGAACCGUCUAAGGCAGCUCGGCGACACUUCCGGACGCGACCACAUCCAGUGGUCGCACCACCCCGAGACCGGCAACCCCGUGAUGACCUUCCGCGGCCUGCGCCCACAGGCCUCCGACAUGCGCGCCUUUGCCGCGGCCCAAGUCGAUGCCACCGAAAAGGCGCUUCUCACUCUGUUGAUGCUGCCUGCCCACGUCGCCGGCCUCGACGACGCCGCCGCCGCCAAGCUCCUCCCCGCCUUGCCGCUGCUGACCGAGGUGGCCGACAACGUUGGCGAGCUGCAGAUCGGGUACAGCUUCGUCGAUCAUGAGGCCAACCGCGCCUGGUCCCGCCCCGCGCGUCACUACCUCGCGGACCGGUCGAGCGAUGUCGCGACGCCGUUGAGCAAUUUCUCCACCGACCAGAGCCCCAACCUUUCCGCGAUCCUCCAGUACCAGCAGGCGACCAACGCUUUCCUCCGCGCCCUGACGCUGGGGUGGCCGUUUGCGCUUCCCAUGGCCGUAAAAGGCCGGGCCGCUUGGCUGUUCAACGGGGCUGGAGGUGGAGGGAGGAGGGGCCGCGUAGCGUUGCGGUGGCUGACCUUCUUCCCGGCGCGUAACGACAUGGGCUUCCUCUCGGAUGUCGACGGUUGGCUGUGA